AGUUGAAAACUCGGCCAGGUGCUAUGUCUUCGGUUGUUUACUGUGCCAUGAUCAGAGCUCGUCUGCGAAAUAUCCCAUUCUCCGCGAUUUCUCGUGCUCAAACUUGAAUCAAGCAAGCGAUACGAAUAAUAACAGUAACAUGCUUCAUACUCGUUGUUUUAACAUUCAAUACGUUUUGUGACACUAAUAAUUUCACACUCAUCUUCUAUACAAAAAACAGACAAGUGUGUGAGGAAGCCAGUCGAAAUAAUCGUGCUGAGUGUGCCAAUUUAUUGCAAGAUAAGAUUUAAUAGUCAAGAAAGGUAGAAUCAGGAAUUUUGAUGGUCAAUGGGAUAAGAAAAUCGUUGAAACGGAGGUUGAUUGACCAACCAGUGCGUUAAGUUAACAGUGUCCUUUAAAAAUCAUUAUUCUUCCGGGAGUAUAUGUACAAAAUACUGGAAUAUCUAUGCAUGAGACAGACUUGUUUAUGGGAAUGAGGUGUCGGCGAUGGGUACCGCUAUUCCAAGCGCUUCAUCCGUUCAGGGCCUCAAUCAUACACCAUCAGCAGUAGUAGUUCUUCAGAUGUUACAGUGCCCGUUUAGUGUUAUUCAAGGCGAACAGAAUCAAAUAAGUAGGUGAAAAUGAAGUGCUCACGGCCAGUUGGCCUAGUGCUAGUGACUCUUGUGACAAUGACGUAUUCGAUGCCACCAGAGACUACAUCAAGAUCGUCACCUUUCCGAGAAAACCAGAAAAUCACUAAGAAUGAUAUUUUGGAUGUCAAUACGACAUCUUUAAAUAUACUGGAUGUCAGAACUCCACCGAAAAUUAGACAACAGCUCCAGAAUAAAUUGAAACAGAAAGAAGAAAUUGAAAAUUCACAUGCUGGUGUUGCAAUUCCCGUAGAUGAGACUGCAGUAAAGUUAGAAGAAACUACAAAAAAAAUGAAUUUCUAUAAAAUUGAGAGACCUACCACCGAUAGUGGUUUGUCAACUUGGAUCUUAGUAAGUGGUAACACCUCCCCUCCACCAACGAAACCUCCAUCGAAAAAUGCCGUUGCCGGCUACAAUAAUGGUUAUAAACCUAAAGAGAACUCAACAACAAUUUUGCGGAAACCAGAAAAAAUUGUUAAACCAAUUUUCAGAAAACGUACUCCUAUCACUACAGAGAAAACAUCCAGACCUCCUCCAACUACAACAACUUCUAUGCACGAGCUGCCUAAACUUACAAAAGUCAAGGCAUCAGAACUGAAUAAGGCGGUGAAUAAGAAAAAUAAUACUGCAGGUGUAAUGAAGAAACCUACAACGGUAUCAAAUUCAACAAAAAAGUCAACAUCAACACCAAACCAUCCAAAAAUUUCAUCAACAACAGAAGGUGUCAAGAAUAUUGUAAAUUCCAUCGCUAAUUCUGACUUGAAAAAUUCUACAGAUCUCAGUUCUAGUUCUUUAUCAGCAGAACCUAAGGAAGGAGAUGCGGAUUUAUCUAACAGUGAUGGCAAAAAGAAAAAGAAUCCAAGUAAAAGGAAGAAGAACAAAAAUCGCCGUCGGAAACCUGUAGAAAAAAAUGGAAACAACACUAGUGUAUCUAAGCCAGCAAAAGUUAAAAAAGAAAAACCGAUCAGCACCCAGCUAUAUAAUUACUUAUCUAGAGAAAUAAUGCCUACCGUAGGAGUUGGUUUGGUAGGUUUGAUGGUGACCGCAGGAUUAGCAAGCUAUUUUCUGUAUCCAUUUGGAAUUGCAAGAAGGUCUUACGAGAUAGACAGAAAGGAUAAAGAAGGAAAUUACUUCUACAGCAACGAUUACUCCAAUGGUAUUCCUGAGGAGGAAGCUAUAGGAAAAGUUAUAGCAGGCAUGCCAUCAAAUUCUGAGAGCAUGGCAACAAACUCGUACUCCAACACAAGAUACAGGUUAGUAGACCGCAGAGCACAAAUAAAACCUCAACCUUACGAAGGUGUGGUGCAGGGUUCGGUAGAGGAUGUGCCAUUGACUUUCGACAGACAGGAUCAGGAUAACACAUAUAGUAGCAACUAUCAGACGCUCGAUUACAGUACUAAUCUGGACGAUAAGAAAUUCGUUGUUGGAAAUGUACCCGAAGAGCUCGUGAAAGAAGUCACGCCUGUUUCUGUUCCUGAACAUGGGCCACGAAAUUUAAAUGUACUUUCUGCUGUUGAAAGUGUGAACAAAGAAGAGAAGGUCCAGGAGAGAGUUAAUGAAUUACGACCUGCUUUUGGACCUAGAAGUUUGAGAAUAAGAAGAAAAAGAAGUGGUAUAUCUAAUGAAAUCGAAGAUCUGACACCAAUUGAACCAAUCGAUGUCACUGAAAGUGAGUUUAUUCAGAAAAUCGAGAAAGAAGUAUCUACCACUACUGAAGGGGUAACAACUGAAUCACUAAUAACUACCACAGAAGUUCCAUCUACAACAACUGAAGGAUUUCCUCAGAAAUUCGCUUCAUUCCUUGAUUUGAUGCAAGAUUUGAUUCAUGUGAAAGCAAGAUUGAGUUUACAGAUUCUUCAAAAUGCCAGCCAUAGUUUCUCCCGAUAUAUUUCUAGAGCUCAGGCACGACUUGAUGAACAUAUACGUAAGAGAGCGAAGAAAGAUUGAAAUUUGUGAUGUUAUAGGAUAAUUGUUGAUAGGUUUAGAUAUUUAUUAAUAUAGAUGUAGCUUUUGAGAGACGUAGUGAUGAUUUUGUAUACCGUUACAAUCAUGUUGUUUUGUGGGAGAUGUUGUACAGGGUGAGCCAACGAAAUGAAUGAAGUAUGUUCUCGUAUUUGUUGAGAGACAGAAAUCGACGAGACGAGUAAUUUUUUCUGAUCGCAAAUUAGAAGAAUUCGGUUUCUUUUUCCAUUUGCUCACCCUCUAUAAUGUUUCUCGAUAAUGUAUGUCAAACUUUAUUUGAGUUAAUCUUUGUUCGCUCUUUUUCAAUUCGAUUCAAUAUAUCUGAUAUAUUUCAAUUUUCAUACUUUCAUCUCGAUCUUAAUCUAAAAUAUCAUCAGUAUCAUCAUUUUAAUUGUUUUGAAAAUUUGUGUACUCUCGGGAUUACAAAAAUGAAUUUUGUAGUUGGCUUGCGGAACGAAAACCAAAUGAAUUUUGGACGUUGUCAACAUUUUUUUGAAAUUGUCGAUGAUUUACCUAUAUUCUUCAAAAUUGUAUUGGCUUUGCAACUGACUAACUUCGGGAGCCCCGGUUAUCUUUGAUAUCCGAGGAUUGAGUUUUCUUUGGAUCACUAAGGCUUUUACUUAAGGACAGUUGAAUCAAGCAGCAACUUCGUUGUUCAGCCUAGCCCCGCUGAUGAGGCCUAUGACGGUUAAAAACAGCGCUAUAGUGUUGAAUCAUGAAUGCGUUGAAGAUGGAAUCUUCGUGAGAGGAGAUGUAAUCGCUUUUACACACUCAGGACAGAUUUACAGGACAGAUUCAACCAUUCGUGGUUCAACCUAGUACCACUGAUGAGACCUAUGGUGGAUCGAAAUAGUCCUGUCCGGUAUUAGAUUACGGAUGAGUUGUUUUUUGGCUGUGAUUUCAGCAGCUGCUUCUUUCAAAUUCCAAAAAAUUCACGAUUCUUCAAAAUUGCAUUUCUUAUAAUUCAUAAUAUCAUGUCGAAAGGUAUAUCCGUCAAUGAAUAUAGUGAAAUAAAAUAAUGUGUAAUUACGAGAGUACGUAGAUGAGGGUUUUGGAAAAUUAUUGCAUAUUCAAAUGGAUUGUAUGAAUGACUAACUGAAAUAUGAGACUGUUAAUAAAAGUUGGGAAAUUCACAUAUUAUAGGUCGUGUGUGCUCUCUAGUUUUCAAUUUAUAUAUGUAAAAUAUACUCACUAUGAUAUAUUCAAGAGUAUUGCAUUCCCAUUCCUGUCCAUCGAUUCAACAGUGAAAUAUACUCAUAGUUCUAAUAAAACAUUCUCUCACAUCAGAAUAA